AUGACCAGUGCUGUCUGUAACGGCACCGAAGCUGGCAACCAAGAUUGGGUGAUUAGCGGCUUCUACGGUCCAGGCGGAUGGGCAGCUUGGUGCAUCAGCCUCAUCGCAUCUUGGGCACCGAUCCUACUCGAAGAUGACACACACAAUCUCCACCUCAUCGCAUACGCGUUAUACAUGAACUGGGCAGCAAUAGACUCUUUCCGAUAUCUAUCCUUCGGAGGAAAGCUCGUCGAACUAGUAUCGAGAAAGGAAGCGUUAGAACGAGAGCGGUUCGUCAGUGUCAGACAAGAUGCCGAUACAUUGGUCUUCCUACAGCACUGGCCGUCAGAUUGGGAUAAGCCUAGACUAUGGGACGUGGACACAGUCCUGACGAAUACCACGCUUGAAGCGCAAGAUGCCGAAAUCCACAUCGGAGAUACGACAGAAGCAUCCCCCGGACUAUGGGACUUUUACUCGAUGCCUACAACAGAAGACCUUACGAGUGAACUUGCAAGAGUUCAAACUCAACUCGCCAAAGCCAUAGAAACCUUUGGACAACAACAGUCCUUACUCCGCAACCAGAUGCAUCAACUACAGGCAGCGCUGGCAGUGUUGAACCUUGGCAUGCCGCAUGCAUGGAUGCAGAUGCUCCCGCAGAGCCCCGCGCACCUGCAUCUGCCCGCUACUAUGGCCGCCCUUUCCAGCUACAACAACAUAACCCAGGAUGACUUCGAAACUCUCACUGUCAGCGGGUUUUAUGGCCCCGGCACAUGGGCAGCCUGGUACGUGACGCUUAUCGCAUCCUGGGCACCUAUCAUCCGCGACGAGUACACGCACAACCUCCACUUUAUUACCUAUUUCAUAUAUAUGAACGCAGCUACUAUCGAUGUCUUCCGCAACCUCCACAUGGAUCGCAAAUUUGACAAGCUAGCUUCAGGUGUGAAGGAGUCGCUUCGUCAAGCAGCGGAAGCGGGGAUACCUCUUUCUCGAACCCUUGGGGAAGCAGGAGAUAAGGAGGGUCUUUGUACAGUGCGGACGACCGGCAUUGGUAGUGAGGAGAGUAUUACACUAGCAACAGCUCGAUUUGGGCCAUGGCAAUGGAAUGCAACGGAAUUCGAGGAACAGGCAUCCCCCAACACACCUCAAGACAAGAGUCGUAGUACGAAGGACUACCAAACCCACCUCGCCACUCACAUGGAAGCCUGCCGCCAACUCAUGUCGCAGUGGGUACAAUCACGCGCCGCUAGUUCAUUCUCAACCUAG